AUGCAACUUAUAUGUGGGGAUACUUAUCCUCCCAUAUUCCAAGGGCUCAUUGGAAAGAAGUUACUGCUGAAGGUUGAUACUAAAGGUGUCGCACAUGAUACAUUUUAUGGCACUUUUCAAGUUAGGAGAAUAUGUGAUGAUCCCACUAUUAUUGCCAUGUUUGAACUUCCCGAUUAUGAUGCUGAUAAUGAGAGCCUAAUUUACACAAAUCUAUUCCAUGUGGAAAAAGGGGAUAUUGGUAUUAAGAAGGAGUCAUCAAAGACUUUUAUCAAAAGUGACAAAGUUGCUGGUGAGUCUUCUGGGAUUUUAUCUAAAUCUCCAGUUCUUAUAGAUUUUCUGGCUGAAAAACAGCCUGCUGUUUUCGGAGGGACUGAGUUUGCUGCCUUAAUUAAUGAUGAAGAUGGAAAAGAUGAGAAAACACCCAACAAUGAUACUGAGGUGUUGUCCCACGUUCUCGAUCCCCCUUCCCAAUAUGGAGAGAAACUUAUUCAUGAAAAUCAUGUUGUCACCUCCAAGGGGAAGAAGAAUUUGAAUCCCCAAUUUGAAGAGGCGGCUACUGAUGCAGAUGGGCGUGGGUCCAAGAUUGCCAAGGUUGUCUUGAUGUUGGUGAUCCUAACUAUGAAUGUUCAAUUUGUGGGGCGUGUUUCUGGUUAUCAGAACGUGUUGAAAGAGACUCUACAUAUGUUUGCCUUCACGUCCCUUGGUGGUAAGGUACUGGAUUCAGUGAAUGAUGGGAGUGGUCCACCGCAGUUUAUAAUCACUGGUCAAAAUUAUCAUCGGAUUGGAAGUUUGCUCCCAGAUCCUGGUUUAUCGCUGUCAUUGCAUAGUUAUACUGUGUUUUAUUCCCCUUAUAACGUGCAAACAUCUGAGAUAGAUAGAGAAUUGAUAACUGAGUUGUUGCAAACAAUCGAUACUCAUAAUGUUAUAGCACAGUCAUUUCGAAGAGUCAGGGAAUUCUAUCAGUGUCAUCCAUCUGAGAUUUUCUCUUUGAAGUUGUAUUCACAUAGGAAGGUUGAUCGAAGAACUUACAGUGCUCCCUCUUGUGAUGAAGUUGCUGCUUUGAUUGUUGGAGAUUUUGAUUCGUCGGAUCAUGGUCGUGACAUUAUUGUUCGAUUUACUGCUGGUCAAUUUCAACGUAUCUAUGAAACUCAUGCUCUGUUGUAUGAGAUUAGAAUGAAGCAAAGUACAAUUAGAGGAGAAGUCCUUCAAGGAAUAGAGGAGGCUAUGCGUCGUGGUGAUGACGAAGCUUCUUCAAUUGGGACACGAGUCAUUUUGCCUUCUUCCUUCACUGGUGGUAGACGUUAUAUGUUUAAGCAUUGUCAGGAUGCCAUGCGAUUCAUAGAGCAAGAGCGAAUUCCCAUCGCUGAUCGUCCUGAUAUCUCUUAUCGUGUCUUUCAUGCUAAGUUGAAAUGCCUCCUAAGUGAUCUUAAGGAAGGUGUAUUUUUUGGUCUACUUAAUGCAGGUAUGUAUACCAUUGAGUUCCAAAAAAGAGGUCUACCACAUGCACACAUGUUACUUUGGCUUAACGGGGAAAGCAACUUACAAAAUGUUAAAAUUGUUGAUGAAUUCAUUUGUGCCGAGCUAUCGAAUCCCCUCAAAUUUCCAGCUCUUUAUAAUGUCAUCACCAAGUACAUGAUCCAUGGUCCUUGCGGUCGACUUAAACCGAGUUCUCCUUGCAUGAAAGAUGUGAAGAUCAACGAUGUUGAUAUUGAUAACAGAUUUGUUGUGCCCUAUAAUCCACUGCUCUUAAUGAAAUAUCAAGCUCACAUAAAUCUUGAGUUUUGUAACAAGUCAAACGUCAUUAAGUAUCUUUUUAAAUAUGUCAAUAAGGGUCCGAAUCGGGUAACUGCAACUGUUGGAGAAACAUAUCAUGUUGGUCAAUCUUCUCAAGUGGCUGAUGAGAUCAAACAGUAUUACGAUUGUCAUUAUUUAUCACCGUCUGAAUCCAUGUGGAGAAUUUUUGCUUAUGAUAUUCAUCAUAGAUGGCCAUCAGUACAGAGGUUGACUUUUCAUUUGCCAAACCAGCAACAUGUUGUAUUCGAUGAUGCUGAUAUCACUAUUCAUGUUUAUCUACACAACAAAGAUUUGGUGACAAUGUUUAUGGGUUGGAUGAUAGCCAACAGGCAGUUCCUUGAGGAGUGGUCUUUAACAUAUGUUGAAUAUCCAUGCAAAUUUAUGUAUUGUUCGAAUAGUAGGGAGUGGAAGCCAAGACAGAGGGGAUUCUCAGUUGGAAGAUUGAGUUUCGCUCAUCCCUCAUCUGGUGAACUUUUCUAUAUGCGGAUGCUUUUGAAUGUGCAGAGAGAUGAUAACGAGUUUGUUUCUGCUAUUAAGGAAGUCUCCGAGUUAGCAUCAGCUGCACAGCUAAGGAAGCUUUUUGUGAUAUUGUUGCUAUCCGGUUCCAUGGGAAGACCUCUGAAGAGUCAGGAAGAGUUGCAAACAUUUUGUUUGUUGGAGAUUGAGAAACUAUUGCAGAGUAAUGGGAAAUCAUUGAGAAAUUAUGCUGGCAUGCCGAAGGUGGUCUACGAUAAAAUUAUUGAUUGUGUUUCGAAUAAGAGGCACGGAUUCUUUUUUGUGUACGGGUUUGGUGGCACUAGAAAAACUUUUUUAUACAGAGUUUUGUUAGCUAAAUUGCGAUCUGAGAAAAAGAUUGUUAUAAAUGUUGCUUCUAGUGGUAUUGCUUCUCUAUUGUUACCUGGUGGUAAGACGACGCAUUCUAUGUUCAAUAUUCCUGUUGAGCUGACUGAAGAUACUGUUUGUCGGAUUAAGAAAGAUAGUCUGAAAGCUGAGGUAGUUCGAUUGGCUGAUUUGAUUAUUUGGGAUGAGGCACCGAUGACUAAAAAAUUAGCAUUUAAAGCGCCCGAUAGGAUGUUACGUGAUAUAAUGGUUUCGGUCUCUGAUAGGAAUAAAGAUUUACCUUUUGGUGGGAAGGUGGUCGUUCUUGGUGGUGAUUUCAGGCAGGUCUUGCCAGUUAUUCCAAAAGGUUCUCGUGCUGAGAUUGUGAUGGCUUCCAUAAAUUUUUCUGUCCUCUGGAAAUAUUGCGAAGUUUUGCGAUUGACCAAAAAUGAGGUUAGCAAGUGGAUUGGAACAAUCAACUGCUCAGGAGUUAAGGAUAGGGCAGUACUGGCUCCGACCGUUGAGAAUGUUGAAGAGAUAAGCAAUUAUAUAGUUGACUUGUUGCCCGGUGAGGAGAAAAAUUAUCUCAGUGCUAAUUCGAUAUGUGGUAGUGAUGCCUAUUCUGAUGUUGAUGUUGAUUGGAUAAAUGUUGAAUUCUUGAAUCAGAUUAGGUGUUCUGGUCUCCUAAUCAUUCGUUGA